AUGUUCCAUUCCGCAAGCCUGGUUCUUGUACUCGCAUUCGACAUCCAGGCAUACCGGAUUCCCGAGAAUCUCAUCCGAAUCCACCACGACCACAGGGAAGGAUGUAAAGGCGUCGUUGCCUCCGGCUUCAACGACGGCACCAGUGCCUCGAAACCCACCCAGUACUGCGGCGACAUCGCCGGGGCGUUGUUCAUCAGCUCCGCCGGCGGAUAUGGAGAUAUGGACGUCGACUGCAACGGAGUCUCUUCGACCUCGGGAGGCUGUCGCAACGACCCUUCCAAGCAGAGCCAGACCACCUUCCGCGAUCAGCUCCGCCAGUACGAUCUCGGCGAUCUAAACGCAUUUGUCCACCCCUACGUUCCGCUGAGCGUGAUGGCUGUUGUUUGUGGUGGACAAUUGCAUUACGGCAUCUGGGGAGAUACAAACGGAGGCAGCAAGACUGGGGAAGCAUCGCUCUCGAUGGCGAGAUUGUGCUUUAGGUCAUCGAUGGACGCAAAUAGUGGACAUAAUGAGGCAGAUGUUCUGUAUAUUGGCUUCACAGGGGGCAACGCGGGCUUUGAGCAGAGUAUUAAUCCCCUCGGGGACCGGCUGGUCGCUGGUCUGAAACCCUGA